AUGGUUAAUGUUGUGUACAAGAUCUGGUCUCUAGCGGCCCACAGCAACCUGCGAGGACUGGCUGCGUCUCCUUCGUCGCUGUCUAACGACUCUUUUGUGUUCGAUGGCACGAACUCCGACAUCGCCCAGCAGCUCUACACCCGCCACCGAGCUGGAGACUCGACUGACCAAGUUAAUCUUACAUCGGUGCCGGCCGCGGUGAUCGACCGUCUCGACCCGCUCAAUAUCGACUUCGGUGAACUCCCCGGACUGGUCCAGCGUGCGGUUCUGUGGGACUCUGGCUUCGCCAUCGCGCCUGGGAACGAUCCCGUGCAGAUUUGGACGCUGUACAAGCACUCGAUGGCAGACCUCGCGCUCCCCGUCUCCGAUGUGCUCACGGUGGACUGCACCAUGACCAAUUGCUCCCAGCCAAACAACAUAACAGCAUAUUCGUCUCAAUCCUGUUCAAGCUCGCAAAUUCUCAACAUGGUGCGGUGUGUGGCGGAUACGUUCGAAGAUAACGGUGCCGGCACCUACUUGGGCACGUUCUGGGCUAACGGAGGAGACCCUGGAGGGAUCCCUGGGCUACUGCUGAGAGAGCACUCGUGGGCAGAAUCUACCGCCCAAAAUGAGACCGUAAUAAACAGUGUCUACGCUGUCCACACAACUCCAAGUGCCGACGAGGCAGCUUGGGCUACGUGCCCUACGAGUGGGUAUGCAUCAUUCACCGUACCUUGCCAGCGAAGAGAUGCUUACCGUGGUGACACGGCUGGCCUGCGCGUCCCUAAAGCAAGUGCCUGGGUAACGAAGUGGCUGGAGGAGGAAUUCGCUCACGGUUUCCCUUUGAGUUUAGUUAUCGUCAUCGUGGUAUCGGCGAUUGCUGCAAUUGGCAUCGGAGCUUUUUGUUGGCACCGCAGAAUACAGCGGGUCAAGCAACAAUCUUCGACUACAUCAAGUGAAGCGAGGCUACGACCCCCAGCAGAAUCUGUCUACGAAGCUGCAGGCACGAACGAGACGCUUCACCUGCUUCUGAACAGCGAAUAUCUCCAAGGAAAGCGAAUUCCGUACGAGAGCUUGGUUUUUGACAAAGCUCUCUCGAAAGGAGCCUACGGAGAAGUCUGGCUCUGCGACUACAACCGGGAAAAGGUGGCUGUCAAAAGGCUGCUGCAGUCCAAGCAACAGAAAGCUGACAAGGUGCACGCCUUUGCAGAGGAAAUCGAGCUGAGCGCAAGUCUUGUUCACCCAAACAUCGUCGAGUUCAUCGGCGUGGCGUGGAACAGUCUCAGCAACUUGGUGAUGGUGCUCGAGUUUUUUCCGAAGGGGAGUCUACAGAACUACUUGCAUCAGGGUGGGGGCCAGCUAUCCUGGGCUAGCGACAAGAUCACUCUGGCGAUCGGAAUCGCUCGAGCUCUGGACUACUUGCACGCUCGGACGCCUCCUCUGAUACAUCGCGACCUCAAGUCGAACAAUAUCUUGCUGACCGAAGCGCUGGGUCCCAAGCUGAUCGACUUUGGAGUGAGCCGUGGAAAGGUUGACCUCACCAUGACCGCUGGAGUGGGCACGCCGUACUGGACAGCGCCGGAGAUCUUGGAAAGCAAGAGGUACGACGAGAAGGCGGAUGUCUACUCCUUCGGCGUGGUGCUGUCGGAGUUGGACACGUGCGAAAUCCCCUUCUCGGACGCCUUGACUGAAGACGGAAGCAAAGCGAAGCCGUUCCAGAUCUUGCAGAACGUGAUGAAGGGCACGUUGCAGCCGCGUUUCUCAACCGACUGUCCGCCAGUGAUCCGGCAGAUCGCUCUCUCAUGCUUGAAGCUGGACCCAGCGGAUCGUCCGACAGCCAGUCAACUUAUUCGAGAUCUUGAAAGCUCCGACAGCAAGUGA